GUUUUCCCUGCGCGUGAUUUCAUUUCACUCUCGCGGAAACUGCCAGCCAGAGCAGACUCUUGUCACAUAUUCAUACAACCUGUAUUAUUAUGAAUGAAAAAGCCUUUCUGUAGCAAUAAAUACAGCCUAAUAUACAUAUUUUACAGCUUCUGUUCAUAAGCCAGAGGUUUGGAGACAUGGAGGACGACGCUCCUGUCAUUUAUGGUCUGGAGUUUCAGGCCCGUGCUUUGACUGCUCAGACUGCUGAAACUGACGCGAUAAGGUUCUUAGUAGGCACUCAGUCGCUCAAGUUUGAUAAUCAGAUCCACAUCAUUGACUUUGAUGAUGAGAACAAUAUCAUUAAUAAGAAUGUGCUUCUGCAUCAUGCUGGUGAGAUAUGGCACAUCAGCGCCAGCCCCGCUGACAAAGGAGUGCUGACCACGUGCUAUAACAAGACCUCAGAGAGUCGUGUGCUAACUUGUGCAGCGGUGUGGAGGAUGCCCCUGGAAUGGGAAUCAGGCAGCCACGAAUCCCCCGACGAUUCAUCAAACAGCCCACAGACCCUGGAGCUCCUCUGUCACCUUGACAACACAGCCCACGGCAACACGGCCUGUGUGCUGUGGGAGCCCAUGGGCGAUGGCAAGCGUGUGAUCUCUCUGGCCGAUAGCCACGUCGUGCUCUGGGACCUUCAGGAGAGCUCCACCAAGGCCACGAUCUCCAGCAGCGCCACCCUGGAAGGCAAAGGGCAGCUGAAGUUCACCUCUGGCAAGUGGAGUCCACACCACAACUGCACCCAGCUGGCCACAGCCAAUGACACGGCCAUCCGCGGCUGGGACCUCCGCAGCAUGAGUCAGAUCUACUGCAUUGAGAAUGCCCAUGGGCAGUUGGUGCGAGACUUGGACUUCAACCCCAACAAGCAGUACUACUUGGCCAGCUGUGGAGAUGACUGUAAGGUCAAAUUCUGGGAUGUGAGGCAUAUCAACGAGCCCGUCAAAACCCUGGAGGAGCACUCGCACUGGGUGUGGAGUGUGAAGUACAACCACUCGCACGACCAGCUGCUGCUUACAGCCAGCAGUGACAGCAGGGUGAUCCUGUCCAACAUGGUGUCCAUCUCCUCUGAGCCCUUCGGCCACCUAGUGGACGAUGACGACCUCAGUGACAAUGAGGAGACUCAUCAUGAAGAGAAGAGCAAAGAACCACUGCAGGACAGCAUCAUCUCCACAUACGAGGAGCACGAGGACAGUGUGUAUGCGGUGGAGUGGUCUUCAGCUGACCCCUGGCUGUUCGCCUCCCUGAGUUACGAUGGCAGACUGGUCAUUAACAGGGUGCCCAGAGCCCUGAAGUAUCGCAUCUUGCUGUAGCGUGAGUGACUAAAGGGAUGAGAGGAAAGCACUUCUAAACUGCUGAAUGUGAUAGAUGUGCACAAAAAGUAAAGACUAUAAGAAUAUAAAAAAAAUACCGAAAAUACAAGCGAGACGUUUGAAGAAAGUGGCGAGCGGCAGGCCGGGAAAACACGAGUCGAGAUACAUUAGCAUAAAACACACAUCCGCUAUUAACACCACUAAUUAAAGGCAGUCCCGAGAGCAGUGGGAUGGCUUGGAGGCUGUUUGAAGGCGAGAGGGCCGCGGGGCACGGAGUGGCGUUUGUCUUUGAAAAAGCCCCUCGUGUUGAUAGCCAGAGCUGCGCUGGUUGUGUUAGAGAAGCCCAGGCUCGCUUCAUCUCGGCCAGCCUCGGGCAGCCCGGCGCUUGGCUCCAGCCCCACCACUGAGUACAAAGUGCAGCCAUGGAGAAAGACCUGCCAGGGGGAGCACAGCGCAGCAGGCCGCUCCUCCAGCCUCCGCACUCCGCACUGUCUCUUGCUAUUUCUCCUCUACUUUCUCCCAGUUAACUCCACCAGAUCCACCAUACUGCUCCUCACCAACAGCUUCAUCUAUGGGUGAAGAGAAGUAAGGGGGAGUCUACCUAAACUUUAAACGAGUUAACAUUAACUUAUUGCUGUUCAGUAGCUUUGUUACACUGCACUAUUAAAGUUCUGAGACAGUGUUCCUUUUUUAUUGUGAUAUCCAGCCAUUGUUGUUCUAUAAAAAGUUAGAAAAAUACAUUUUGCAACCUUCAGCUUCAUGUUGCUUAAAGUUCCAAUCCCAGAGAAAGUUUGAAAUCUAAUUAAUCUAAUUUUCAAUUGAGAAUCCAAAAUUGAAAAAGAAUAUAUAUUCAUUAUUUAUUUUUUUUAUUUUUUUUAUUUUUGAAAAAAUAACGUCUUGUAUUUUCUGUUUUUUAUUUGAUGAUCCAAACUAAAAUUUAAAUACAAAAAAGGACCAGAAGCCAAACUUAAAUUAGAUUUUUCACCGGCGUCUUUUUCGAAUUCCGUUCCACCUUAAAUGCUUACUGCAGUAACACACAGACAGUCAUCCUUCACCAGUAAAAUGUUUUUUUUUUUUUCCUUUAUUCAUGACUGGAAUUGGAAUUGACUGUAUUCAUGUUCCUUUGGUUGCAAAAACCAAAUAAAAAUAAAAUGCAAGCUCUACAUAUUCGGGAGGUAUCUCGCGCCGGGAGCCGAAGGCUAGGCUAACGUUAGCAAACCCACCACGCCAAAAUCUGAACACUGUAUAACUAUAACACUAGAGCAUUAAUAAUCAGGAGAAAAGAAAUGUAAAUUAGUGAUGUUGAUCAUAGCAGCCCUUUCUCUCCCUCCGUGCUCUGUUCUUAAACUGCAGCCCAUGCAGUUAGAACUACAUUUCUCUCAAAGUACUAUGACUUUGUUCUCUCAUAAUAUUACGACUUUAUAAUGGCGGAGGUCGCAGAAGUAUCCGCUGCAUUUUAGUUUUGUUUUUUACGACCAAAGGAACAUAAAUACAGUAAAUUCUGGUCAUGUUUAAAGGAAAUUGAACUUUAACUGAUGAGGGAUGAUUGACUGUGUGUUCCUGCAGUAAGCAUUUAAGGUGGAAUGGAAAUUCGGUUAAGAUGCUGGUAAAAAAUCUAAAUCAAGCUUUUUUUUUUUUUUUUUUUUUUUUUUCCAUUUCCCAUUUUUGUUUAGAUCAUAAAAAAAAAAAUGCAAACAUAAGACUCAAACUACACUAUAUAGACAAAUAUAAUUGUAAAAAGUUUAUCCUGCUUUUGUUGGCAUAACUGUGUCUACUCUUUUGAGAAAGCUUGCAUUCAGUGAUGACAGUGCUAGUGAGGUCAGAAUGUUGGACAAGAUGAUCACCACCUCACCUCACACAACUUCCUCCAAGUGGUCAUUCUAAAGAACACGGCUCCAUGGCUCAAUACUUGGGGGUUUAUACCCCUCUAGCCAAUGCCUUGCAUUAGACAUUGCCAGUGUUUGUCUACUGGGACUAGACAAGCUAGUAUGUGUAUGUGUGCAUUUGCACAUCUGUGACAGCAAUGGGUAUUUAAAGUAAUUUAAAGUAGACAAUUAAUUACAUUAAUUACAAGGGUGUUCACCAACAUUUGGACAUAAAGUGUGUGUAGCGAUGCUCUCUCUGCGUGGGCAUCCAUCCCACUGCGAUGGUGAUCAGCGCAUGCAUCUGUUGGCUGGUGUAUUAGAGCUGGGGAUCUGCUGCUUUCUUCCAUUUUUUUUUUUUUACAUUUGCUUUACAGUGAUAAUAUUUGGCUGGAUUUUUUAGCUAAAUCUUUUCAGAUCAGGUCUAAAAGUUCUGUACUUUAAGUUAAAACAUCCAGCUGUGAAAGAUAGACUUUCUGAUAAGGUUCUUAUAUGCCUUAUAUUUAAUUUUUUCCAUUUAUUGAACAUUUAAUGAAAUCCUCUGUGUUGCUCGUAUGCACUUGACUCUGUAUAUUUUGACUAAAGUGUGAAAACGUCUGAUGGAAUCUAAUUACCCCUGUACAUUCCGAAUAAAACGAGUGUAAUGAUGAAA